AUGAAGAAGCCUUCUGAUGUCCCUCAACACGAACGUAAGCAGGAUAGUGAAGGACAAGUUGCCGUCACCGUAAAAGAAAAAAGUACAGUUGGACAAGGAAAAACUCGAGCAGAAGUCGAUACUCUUAAAAACGAACAGCUCUCACAACCCACAGUUAUCGCGGCGAGCCAUGACGUGAAACCUAAAAAUUCAGUUACCAGAACUAAACCAAAUGUUACCAAGACCACUGAGUCCCCAAUGAAGAAGCGGCAAAGGUAUCCGGAGUUAACUAGAGUUGAUCAGAUGUUAACACAUCUCAGAUCGCUUGUCAAUGAUCUGAGAAGAGAAAUUGGACUCGAACUCGAUUAUGAUGAUGUACAUGGAGGACUUAAACGCGUUGCACCAAUAGCUCAAUCCGUGAACGAUGUGUCAUCUGGCAAACCUAAGAAGCAAAGAAGCAAUGCAACAACAUCAGUCUCGACCACAACUAGAAAGUACGAUUCUUUGAAAUUGGAUGGAGGAGAGGAUGAAAGCGAUUACGAUUACUAUGAUACGGAAGACGAGAUUCAGGCCAUUAUUAACAGGCUUCGGCGUGAGCGAAUGAAGUUCGCAACCGAAGAGGCUUCAGAUCCGUUUCAGCCACAGUUGGCAGGUGUUCGACGCGACCUCUCAAGACUACUUUUACGUUUAAGACGUUCGUCGGCAGGAAACGGCUGGAAGCGUUGA